AUGUCUUACGGCACGCACCGAGAUGUAGGCGACGUAGAGCGUCGAGAAGCUCAAUACAAAGCCUCGGUCAACGGAGCAGUGAAAGGCUUCGGCGCGGGCCUGGCAGUCUCCGCGCCCUCCGCCUACUUCCUGAACCGCUCCUGGCCGGCGUUCCGCGCACUCACACCCGCGAUCAAGCUCUUCUUCAUCUCGUCGAUCGCGAUCGGCUCCGGUGUCAUCGCGGCGGACAAAGCGGGGAUCGCGUUUGACCAGGCGCACUACACGGACGCGGGUGCCGCGGUCCAACGUCGAUACCAGUCGCUCGAACAGCGUGAGUGGGAGUCCCUCUCCUUCGGAGACAAAGCGCUGACGUGGGCCAAGGAGAACAAGUUCAGCGUCGUCGCCGCCACGUGGGCCACGAGCAUGGGCGGCAUCUUUGCGUACAUCCACUCCCAGCCCAUGACGUUUGCACAGAAGCUCGUGCAGACGCGUGUAUGGGCCCAGGGCAUCACGCUCGCCAGUUUGGUCGGCAUGGCGGCGAUCACCCAGAUCCCAAGUGCGGGCGAUAAGAUCAUCAGACAGCAUAAGGAGGCCGCGGAUCACAGUUGGCGAGAGUUCGUGCCCCAGGAGCCGGCCAAGGAGACCGUCUCUUCGCAGUGA